CCAUACUAGCUUCCCAGAAGCGCCCACUCCAUUACUCGACACACGCUUUGAAGCCCCGGCACCUCUCGUAACAUCAUUAUUAUAAAUAUUUAAUAUGAACGAUGCAGAUAUGAAGUGACAAUGAAAGAUAAUUUUAUUAAUGUCAGGAUAAACUCGUCUCGGUGAAGCUCCUCAUGCUAGCUUAGCUUGCUUGUUGCUCAACAAAGAGACCCGGAAGUUAUCAACAAAGUGUAGUGAUUGUGUGAAAAUGUGUAAAAUACAAAUGCUGAGAGCGUUGGUCAAUCAGCGGUUAACUGCGGCUGUUGAAGAAAUAUUCGGAGUAUUAGAAAGAACGAUAGCAGAGUACGAGGAGGAACUUUGUCGAACAAAAGAGGAGAACCAGCGCCAACGUCAAGUACUGGACGCUGUUCUUAAGAAGCCCCAGGUUGUGUUACACAGAGCAGACACCAGCGAAGAACAUCUUCCCCCUGAGCAGCAGGAGUGGAAGUUCGGGAUGGAGCAAGAAGAGUCACAGCCAUCCAACAUUAAGGAGGAAAAAGAGGAGCCACAGCCCCCCCACAUUAAAGAGGAAAGAGAGGAUUACGGCAUUAGUCAGGAUGGAGAGCAUCUUGAAGGACUGGAGGAGUUCCCAGUGAUUGUUGUCCCUGUGAAGAGUGAAGAUGAUGAAUACCAAAGUCAAAGUGAGGAGGAGAGAGAGGUGGAGCCUCCAAGCAGCAGCUCCACUCGUAACAUGACAACAGAAGCUGAUGGAGACCACUGUGGAGGAUCACAAGCAGACAACCUCUUAGCUCCACUAUCAGAUAGUGACGACAUAACGUCACACUCUCCUGACACUGAUGAUGAAGACUCUGAAGCUGAUAUGACAUGUCACACUGACAACACACGCUGGAAAUGCUUUCAAUGUGACAAAACUUUUGAUAACAAGAGAAAUCUCAAAAUGCACAUGAGACAUCACAUUGGAGAGAAACCUUUCACCUGCUCGAUUUGUGGGAAAAGAUUCUCUCAGCAGUCAAAUUUAAAAGUUCAUACAAGAAGACACACUGGAGAGAAAGCUUUUGCUUGCACGAUGUGCGGUAAAAGUUUUUCUCAAAGAAGUGAUUUAAAACGACACACAAGAAUACACACUGGAGAGAAACCGUAUCCUUGCACAAUUUGUGGUAAAAGAUUUAAUCAAAAAGUUGUUUUAAUAACACACACAAGACUACACACUGGAGAGAAACCUUUUCCUUGCACAGUGUGUGGUAAAACAUUUAGUCGAAAAAUUGAUUCGCUCAACCACACAAGAAUACACAGUGGAGAGAAACCAUUUCCUUGCACAGUGUGCGGGAAAAGAUUUUUUGAGCGGUCACAUUUGAAAGUGCACACAAGAAAACACACUGGAGAGAAACCUUUUCCUUGCACGGUGUGCGGGAAAAGUUUCAAUCGAAAAGGGGAUUUAACAAACCACACAAGAAGACACACUGGAGAGAAACCAUUUCCUUGCACGGUGUGCGGGAAAAGAUUUUUCGAGCAGACUCAUUUGAAAGUGCAUACACGAAAGCACACUGGAGAGAAACCUUUUCUUUGCACGGUGUGUGGCAAAAGAUUUGAUGCUCAAAGUAAUUUAAAUAGACACACAAAAAUACACACUGGAGAGAAACCUUUUUCCUGCGCAGUUUGUGGUACAAAAUUUGCUCGGAAUUCACAUUUGAAAGCACACACAAGAACACAUGAUAGAGAAAUUGUUCAAUGUGUGGUCAGCGAUUCACAAAUAGUACAAACUUGACUGAACACAAACAAUCCACACUGGGGAGGUAGAAGUAGCAGGAAGUACAUGUAAGUUCCUUUUUAGCUGAAGUGCAGCAUUAUUAGUUAUUCAGGCUCAUAGUCACGGAAAUGAGCGAUGAGUGGAGCUGUCUUGUGCUUUUUCUAGCGGAGUUUUCACUUGUUGAUUUGGGGGGGGACAAGCCGCUUAUUUAGGUGCAACAGUAUGUCUUUUUGUUCUUCCGAUGUCUAGUCAGUCCAAAUGUCCAUAGCACUUCCUGUUAACCAUUCCUCUGUUGGUGUUAUUCUAUGAUACACAUGCUGUGAUCGUGUAAAAACAAGUACAUUGAUGAUAACAUGUAAUACUUACAGUAUCUUGCCAUAUUCUUCUUCUACUUCUUCCCUCGGCGCAUUGAUUUGGCCCAGGAGCUCACGCUGCUUCUGUCAACAACAGCAGUAUGAAAACAUUGACAGUACUUAAAUGUCCGCUCUCAUUGAGAUUGCUGUGUCUUCCAGCACAAGACGUGUGCUCCUGUCCUCAGGUAAAAAUGCUGACAGCAAACAAGUAUCUUGUUGAGUCUUUGUAGCGAAAUUGAGAGCUGGGUAUCCAUUCUUCUGUCUGUGAGUGAUGCCGACACUAGCGGCUAGCGAGGCAUUCUGUUACUCCGCCAGAAAAAUAUCGUUUUUGUGUUAUCUGCUACUAUAACAAUACCGCUGUAGUUUGGUUAACACACAAGUCUGUUAUGUAAAUAGAAAACUGUUGGUGUUUGUUUUUGGCUAGUUUUUUAAACACUGGUAGUCCCACAAAAAUGUGUUGUGGUCAUGACGCGUUACCGAUGCUAAAAUGCUAAAGCUACAUUGAGAGACUUCUUGAAGUAACAUCUUUUCUUGAGAAAAUUCAGACUGUCCAGUCUCUCCUUCCGAAUCGUAUUUGGGAUCCUACACAUGUUAAAAGCGGACAUUUUAAAAGGCUAAAUGGCUGUUUAUUAUCAACUUCUAUACAGUCUUGUGUCGACAUUCACUUUGUUUCAGGAGAAUGAAAAAUAGUCCGUAAAAUGUCACAGCUUGUCACAGGGUAGGCCUAUAUGUGCCAGUUUGUGUGAUCGUUUGCGUUUCAGUGUCAUUCCACUUUAUGGCAUCUUUGUCCAUACAUUUUCCUGGCUCUCAUUGCCUCUCUGGCGGCAGGUAGCUAGCUAAUUUCUGUCCCACGGGUACAUGCUAACUUAUUAUGCUUUUCUGACCUAUAAAUGUAGUCAGAAUUUUGUAUUCUUGUGUUAAACAAUGCCAAAGUUUCAGAUAAUGAGGUUUGCGCAUUUGGAAGUGAGCCCUGAAAGACGUUUGGGAUGGCUCAAAACGCUCCGUUUCAAAAGGCGUGGUAAAAACCUUCCUUUGUGAUGUCACAAAGGCUGCUCUAUAGGAGACCUCAAUACAAAGGGCCGAAAACUUGUUAUCAUGAUAAUAAUCAUAGCUUCUCUUCAAUACACUAGUUGUGUGUCUAAGUUAACAUAACAUAAACAACAUAAACAUGUAGCGUGUACAGCUUUACGAUAGCGACGGUAUCACAGGUUGCUCACCAGCUGAUGUUUGAGGUGUUAACCAAACAAACAUCUGCAGUGGAAAAUUCCUGUUAGCUCUGCUAAAGACUUUUAGCGUAUUUAUUCAGCACAAGGGCAAGACAGUGGAAACCAAGGAGAUUAUACAACAAUUGUAUUGUAUUAUGCCUUGACCAGGUUUGGCGGCCAUUUUAGGGGGCAGAAUCCAAAAAUCAUGCCCUCGGCACACUGCUCCGCCAUUAAAAAACGGUCCAAAUGACCAGAUUUGACAUUUUUCAAGUUCUACAGAAACAAAGACAGGUAUGUGUGAUAAAAAUGUAUAUGUUGUAAAUAAAAAAUAUCAGAUAAGACUUAAAAGUAAUAUUGUAUGGGACUCCUACAACUUGGAAAGGUAAUUCAUGGAUUAGUACACAGAAAGGAAGAAUAAAAAGUACAUUAAAGAAGGAAAACAUUUCUUUCAUACCGCUGCUCAGGUUUUUAUUGACACCAUGUUGGUCAUAUUUGUGCACUAUUAUGGAUUUCUACAUUUAUUCAUUUUCUACCGCUUAUCCUCACAAAGGUCGCGGGGGUGCUGGAGCCUAUCCCAGCUGUCUUCGGGCGAGAGUCGGGGUACACCCUGGACUGGUGGCCAGCCAAUCACAGGGCACAUAGAGACAAACAACCAUUCACACUACAUUUAUGUGUUUGCUAAACAACAUUCAUCCAUUUUGGCAUGUGACUUCAUUUCAUACUCAAUUCAGAGUGAGUGAAUACAUUGUACUCUAUUGUUCGCCCCUAAAUCGUUCAUCCUGUUCACUUUAAAAAAGAGAACAAAAGCAUGGUUCUACAAACAUGAUCAAGACUUAACCAGGUGCAAGGACGUCUUCUGGGUUUGCACCAUAUGUGAAUCGCUGACCACACAUUGAA